AUGGCGAAUUUCCGUGGAUCGCAAGUGAGUCUCUCAGAGUACAACAGGGUAGUUGAGCUUAACCUCCUCCUCAAAUCCCAGCUUGAAGCCCUGGCUGAUCACGCCCCCGUGAGUCUACUCGACAGACUUGGACUCGCUGAUUUUCGAAAACGUCUUUCCGGUGGCUUCUUCGCCUCCUCAAACGCCUCGGGCACGUCAUGUGACUCGAAUCCCCACAGCGGAUCUCAAAGCGCCUCCGAGGCGGAGGACGAUCGGGAGCCAGCCGGCGACGCUGUUUCGCACUGUUGUCCGGACAACUGUGACCCUGCCUCCGCUGCUGCAGAUACGGAAUGCUCCAAAAACAGUGCUCAUCGUCACCACCGUUACCCCAUGACUUCUAGUGAACGAGAGGACCUCCGGAAUGACAAUACCAUGUAG